GAGAGCAUUCCCUGACCUCCCAUGGCGAUCCAUCCCCGGAUUACCGGCGGCCGCAGGCAGGGGCCGCUGCCGCUGCCGCUUAAGAGGGCCCUCCUUGCGGCGAUAGCUUUCGCGGCGGCUGUCUCCGUCCUGUGCCUCCUGUCCUUCACCGACACGGUGUCCUUCACGGACACGCUGUCCUUCCUGGGGUUCACGCCCCGGGACGUCGACAAGCGGGAAGGCAACCGGAAGUACCUGUACUGGGGCACCCGCAUCGACUGCCCCGGCAAGCAUUGCGGCUCCUGCGCGGGGCUCGGGCACCAGGAGUCCAGCCUCCGCUGCGCCCUCGAGGAGGCCCUCUUCCUCGACCGGAUACUCGUCAUGCCUUCAAAGAUGUGCCUUAGUUCAGUGCACAAUACAAAGGGGAUCCUUCACUCAAGCAAUGCAACUUCAAAGCAAAGAUGGGAGACAGGUUCUUGUGCAAUGGAAUCCUUAUAUGAUUUAGACCUCAUGUCAAGAACUGUACCAGUAAUUUUGGAUAAUCCAAGAUCGUGGUACGAGAUAAUAUCAAGAAGUACAAAACUAGGAGAGGCUGGUGUGGUGGAUGUGCAGGGAGUUAGCAGAGUUGAACUCAAAGAAAAUCCAAAUUACUCAAGUGCUCUCCUCAUAAAUCGCACAGCAAGUCCUCUUGCUUGGUUUAUGGAGUGCAAGGACCGGACCAAGCGUAGCUCUGUGAUGUUACCAUACACUUUCCUGCCGACAAUGGCAACAAAGAAACUGCGGGAUGCAGCGAACAAGAUGAAAGAGAUACUCGGUGACUAUGAUGCUAUUCAUGUGAGACGAGGUGACCUACUGAAGAAUAGGAAAGAUAGUUUUGGUGUUGAGCGAAGUCUUCAUCCUCAUCUUGACAGAGAUACUCGCCCUGAAUUUAUCAAGAAAAGAAUUGCAAAAUGGAUUCAACCAGGUCGUACUCUUUUCAUUGCCUCGAAUGAAAGGACCCCAGGCUUCUUUUCACCUCUAUCAGACAGGUACAAGCUAGCAUAUUCAUCUAACUUCAGCAGUAUAUUGGAUCUGAUAAUUGAGAACAAUUACCAGCUGUUCAUGGUGGAAAGGUUGAUAAUGCAAGGUGCCAGGACGUUUGUGAAGACAAUGAAAGAGUUUGACAAGGAUCUUGCUCUCUGUGAUGAUCCUAAGAAGAAUACGAAAAACUGGCAAAAACCAGUUUAUACAGAUGACUGACGGUGUUCGUAGAUACAGCUUAACUGCAACAGUGUUACUGAUCUUAAAGGUUUCACAAAGAGGACUGAGUACUUACCGUUUGUGAGAUGACAUAUAAUGGCUUGAGAUGGAUGCAUCAUAUACUAUACCAUGACAAAAGAGUAACAACGUAAGCAUAUCUUAUCUGAAGUCAGCCCGGAAUUAGCUUCAGAUAUAUAUGAUUGCUCUUGUACACACUGUUUUUUUUUGUUCAGUUAUAGUGCUAGAUGGGGUCUGUUUCUUCAUUUUCUUUUAAACUUUUAACUUGGUGGUGGGUGACUAUAUAUGUUUAUUAACACCUGUGGACCAAACAGUUGUGUAUGAAUAGCAUGUAACUGCUGCUGGAGCUAGCUAUCAACACCGUUGAGACACAUUACUUUCUGUUGCUGGCUUGCUGCUACUA